AUGCAGUGGGCAGUGUACAUAAUAACAGCUGGGGCAGUAACUGCUCUAUGUGCAAGUCUCAUGGGUUCACUUCUUCCACAGCCCAGGAUGUUCAUGGCUAUGGCUAGAGAUGGAUUGUUACCGUCAUUCUUUUCAGACAUUGAUAAACACACCCAGGUUCCUGUAAAGAGCACGAUAGUGAUUGGGAUUCUUGCUACAGCCCUUGCAUUUUUCAUGGAUGUUUCACAGUUAGCAGGGAUGGUGAGUGUGGGUACAAUACUUGCGUUCACUGCUGUUGCGGUUUCUGUCCUGAUACUGAGAUACGUUCCACCUGAUGUAGUCCCCCUUGCCUCAUCAUUUCAUGAGUCUAUUGAUGCUUCUUCGCCUUUGCUGCUUGGUGGUGGUGAUGUUGAGGAUGUUUCUAGCUUGAAAUUUAAGGAUCCCGUCAAGUUCUUUGAUCAUGGGCGGGACGUGGCUCCGAGCCUCCGAGUAUCAGUAUGGCUGCUGAUUGGAGCAGUUAUCUACUUGUUCUAUGGUCGGACUCACAGCUCUCUCAUGGAUGCCGUUUACGUUCCUAAUGCAUACGCAGAUAAGGUAUAUCGUGCUUCGUCAAGUUACCAG